AUGGGAGCCAAGGCUAUUCCCAAGAAAGAAGGCUUGAGAUUUCUUGCUGAAACAUCUCAAGCGGAAAUCAUCGUUGCCCUACAUCCGAAUCAGCCACUGGGGCAAGCAAUUCUGUCAAGACUGGCAAAGGAAGGCACAGAUUGGGAGAAGGACGAUCAGGACAAUCGCUUGGGAUUCUACGCUAAUGCCAUGCAAACGCCUGAUCUGAAUUUAUGGCACCACUUCAUCUGCUGUAACCUGAUGCCAACAACCUACACUGCCAAGGUCACCAACGAACAAGCCAUGAUACUGUAUGCAAUUGUCACAAACACGCCACUGGAUGCAGCGUCAGUAAUCAGGGAUCAACUUACCAGAUGUAUCACAGAUCCCAAGGUGAAGAGCUGGUACUUCCCAGUGAUGAUUACCAUGCUUUGCAGAAGGGCAGGGGUGACCUUUCUGAACACAGACGCAGAGAGCAGCCUGCAACAACCUUUGAGGCUGAAUAAGUUGGACCAGAGACCCCCAGGUGCAUCUUCCUCAAGACAAGUAGCAUCCACUCCCACUCCGGCUGGACAGUUGAGGCAGAGAGAUUUCAACAAGCAGACCAGGUUCAUCCUGGACUAUGUCCACCAGUGCCAGAUGAGGACUGAGCAAUUCCUACAGGAAAUGCACAAGUGCAUUGGAUGCCCUGAAAAUUGCCCAUUGCCGCAUGAUCCACCAGCCCAUCCACUCCAUGGCAUGCCUCCAUGA